AUGGAACAUACUCCUCCUUUUUCCUCUGUCCAUGCUAUAGAAGGAAUCCAAACGGCAAACAAGAACAUAUACAGCUACUUCAUGAAAAACGAUAGCUCGUACUAUGUCCCCCAGUGCUACAGAUAUGCAGGAUAUAAGAAAGACACAGACAUCUUGUACAUUGUUGUCAUAUCAAAGUAUACAAGCACAACGGGCGACUUUUUGUACAAGCACAACAGCAACUCCAUUAAGAUAGAGUGUCUAAUUGGGAAGAGUCUUUCCAAUUUGCAGACAAAAAAAACAACACUCUCGGACCUUUUUGAAGUGGUCAGGGAAAUAGAGUAUUCUCUUCCAGGCAUGGAAAGCAUAAAGGCCAGCGAUGUUUUCAUAGGUCUUGUGUAUCCAGAUGGCCUGAACAGAGUGAGCAUCAUGAAUAUGGUGGACUGUGUGUUAAAUCAUGCAGGAUUUAAGGGCAUUUUGCUUCUGCCUAUGUCGCUGAGCAUUAGCCUGGGCUUGGGCAUUUCAAACUCUGUGUUUUUCAGCUCCUCUGAUAAGACUAUUUCGCUGAUCGAAGAUAACUGCAUUUUUGAUACUUUCACUGAAGGCAUGGAGAGCAGCACAACACUCUACGGCAGUGAUAUAGUGGAAGAGUUUCUGAAGAAGGAAGAGCCCAUGAAACACAGGACAGUUGAGCUUGUCUGCCAUCUGUGCAACCAGCCCUUUGAGAUAGGAGAGUUUAGUAUGCACUUUCUUAAUAAGCACGCGAUAAAUAUAUACGACGACAAAAAAUACAGUGAUACCAUGCUGCAGAAGUGCGGGAUCAAAGAGGAGCCAGAGAAACAACUGGAGCCAGGGCCAAAUGAUCUACUAGUCGCUGGUAAAGAGAUUGUAUACCGCAUGGCGCCUGCAGAGAGGGUAAAAAAGAUCACAUCUGCCGUUAUUCUCGUUACAUCGCAGGCAGGCACAACAAAUACACACUUAAAUACGCCAGAAGGCGAUGCGCAGGAUGCACCUGCUGAGACAGUUAGCGCUGUAGACAUAGAGAGCAUACCUGAAGACUCCAAGCAGAUAGUCUCAAUAAUUGAGGACACUUCAGGCUCUUCUUUCCUGUAUGUAUCGGAAAGCGAGAAGACACAGGUCGCAUGGAACGGCCUAUUUGCUCUGACAAACAUAGAGCCUUCGAAAGACAUGUGGCUCACUGAUAAAGAGUGGCAGUCGGUGGGUCUUCGAAUUCUCAAAGAAAAAGUUCUCUUUCCUCUGUAG